AUGUUCUCACCGUCGCUGGCGCGUGUGGCCCGCACCACUUGCGCCCUGCCCCCCUCAUCCGCCAUCAGCUCCCGCCCGCUGGGGGCUCUCCAAACUGCACACCAUCUCCUCGCGCGCCACACUCAGCAGCGCCGCAACUCCAGCACCUCAUGUCCUCCCGACAACUCGCGCGGUCCCGGCACCUCACAAUCCAGCUCCGCAAGCUCGUCAAAGUCGGCUGAGAAGAAGACCACGCCACGCGGCAAGAGCAAAAAGCUUGCUCAGCAGCACAUGAACGUGCCCUCCGUUCCGCCGACAAGCUACCUGCAAGAGAGUGAUGUCGCCAUUUCCUCCUUCUUCUCCGUCCACCGCCCCAUCUCUAUCACCAACUCGAUACCCGUCACCUCGUCAGAAUCCUCUUUCGGCGCCAUUUUCGAGCCCCGCAAGCAGAGCAACGCCUCGAAAUACGGGAAUGUUAUCUACACUCUGGGGAAUGCUGUAAAGAGCUUGGAGGGUGGCGCUCGGUCGUCGGAGGAGACGGAGCUGAGGGAGGAGAUCAUGCGGCAGUCGGCCGCCAACGAUGGCGCGGUCCACCUCGACGGUCCGGCUCCGGCACGCCAGGUCUCGCUGAACGACCUUCUCUCUCAGAUGCGCCCGUUCAACGCGCCUCCGCCACCAAGCCCGUUCGACCACGCACAGCAGAACGCCGCAUCGGAAGCCGAGACUGCGGAGACCCGUGGCACCGAAGCCCAGCAGACGCAGCCGCAAAAGCCGCAAAAGAAGAUCUGGAAGGCGACCUUGACUGUUACGGAGACGACGGAUACUACCGGGCGGAAAACCUUCUCGGCCACCACAUCGCCGGUCAUCAGGAUGCCCACGCGUUCCAAGGGUGCCAUCGAGGACCCGGCAUACGACGAGGGCAUCACGAUCCGCCAGCCUUUCCUCGAGCGCAUGGAGAUCCGCGAGCAGGAGUGGCGUAAGUUCAUCAGGGACCGCGCACGGAAUCAGAAUGGCACCAUGCACGCCAUUAGCGUCAAGCGCCAGCGCAAACUGAAGAUGAAGAAGCACAAGUACAAGAAGCUCAUGAAGAAGACGAGAAACUUGCGUAGGAAGUUGGGUCAGACAUAA